CGCUCGAGCGGCCGAUCGGCUCCGUCCGCCCGCUCGCGGCGCGGCCCUUUAAACCUCCGCACACGCAGCUCCUCCUCUCAGGACGCAGCAGCGGCGGCGGCGCCGCACAUGGUGGUGUUGUUGCUGCUGCUAUUGCCGCCCCCGCCCCCCCGCACUCGGCCCAGUCCCCGCCCCAGCCCAGAGUUCGUGCCGAGGAAGCGCCGAGGUAACGGUGGCGAGUGGCCGAAGAUGGCGGCGGCGCCCAGGAAUCCACGUAGCAACGUUAAGAAGGGUCGGAUCCUGGGCAUCAUCGACGCCAUCCAGGACGCGGUGGGGCCGCCGAAGCAGGCGGCCGACAAGCGCAUGGUGGAGAAGACGUGGAAGCUGAUGGACAAGGUGGUGCGGCUGUGCCAGAACUCCAAGCUGCAGCUGAAGAACAGCCCGCCGUACAUCCUCGACAUCCUGCCCGACACCUACCAGCACCUCCGCCUCGUCCUCUCCAAGUACGAGGACCGCAUGCACGUCUUGAGCGAGAACGAGUACUUCAAGAUCUACAUCGACAGCCUGAUGAAGAAGUCCAAGCGCGCCAUCCGCCUCUUCAAGGAGGGCAAGGAGAGGAUGUAUGAGGAGCAGUCCCAGGAUAGGAGAAAUCUUACAAAGCUCUCGCUCAUCUUUAGCCACAUGCUUGCAGAAAUCAAAGCCAUCUUCCCUUUUGGCCAUUUUCAAGGCGACAACUUUCGCAUCACAAAAGCAGAUGCUGCCGAAUUUUGGAAACGUGCUUUUGAUGACAAGACUAUUGUACCCUGGAAAGUCUUUAGACAAUGCCUUCACGAAGUUCAUUCCAUUAGCUCAGGUCUGGAAGCCAUGGCUCUGAAGUCUACCAUUGAUUUGACCUGCAAUGAUUACAUUUCAAUCUUUGAAUUUGAUAUAUUUACCAGGUUAUUUCAGCCUUGGACCUCUAUUUUAAGGAAUUGGAAUUUCUUGGCUGUAACGCACCCUGGCUACAUGGCUUUUCUAACGUACGAUGAAGUGAAAGCUCGGCUCCAAAAAUAUAUCAACAAACCUGGCAGCUACAUCUUCAGGCUCAGUUGUACCCGACUUGGCCAGUGGGCUAUUGGCUACGUUACAAAUGAUGGGAACAUCCUGCAGACCAUUCCACACAACAAGCCCCUCUUUCAAGCCUUAAUAGAUGGAUGCCGAGAAGGAUUUUAUUUAUACCCAGAUGGACGGAGUUACAAUCCAGAUCUGACUGGAUUAUGUGAACCAACACCUCAUGAUCACAUAAAAGUUACGCAGGAACAAUAUGAGCUGUACUGCGAGAUGGGCUCCACUUUCCAGUUGUGUAAGAUCUGCGCUGAGAACGAUAAAGAUGUGAAGAUUGAACCGUGUGGCCACUUAAUGUGCACGUCUUGUCUGACAGCAUGGCAGGAAUCAGAUGGUCAGGGGUGCCCAUUCUGCCGCUGUGAGAUCAAAGGUACAGAGCCAAUUAUUGUUGAUCCCUUUGACCCCAGAGAUGAUGGAGCCAAAUGUUGCCUGGACAGUUUUAGCAUGCCGAUGCUGGACCUGGACGAUGACGACGAUCGCGACGACUCGCUGAUAAUGAACAGGCUGGAAUCAUUUGUCAAGUGUACAGAAAGGCAAAUCUCUCCAGUGUCUUCACCAAACUCAUCGCCUAUUGCACAACGCCGAAAGGCUGCUCCAGAUCUGCUGCAGAUUCAGCACCUCAAUCUACCCCCCGUGCCACCUCGGCUGGACCUCAUUCAGAAAGGAGUGGUCCGAUCACCGUGUGCCAGCCCCACUGGGUCACCAAAGUCUUCUCCAUGCAUGGCUCGAAAGCAGGACAAGCCUCUGCCAGCACCACCACCACCCCUCAGAGAACCCCCUCUUCCGCCUGAGCGACCACCUCCCAUCCCACCAGAGAGCAGAGGAGCACGUUCACUACAUCUCGCUGAUGUUGCUCCUCCAUGGGACCAGCACACCAUGCACGAAGCGUGGUGUCCCAGGGACGCCCAUGGUUCCAGCACGUCUGCGGACUGCAGGUCUGGAUGUGACCGAUCUCCAAAAUCUGGCCACACACCACCUGUUAAUUUGAACACCAGAUCCAGCUGGCUACUCCCCGAGCCAAGUUUCCCACGCAAACCUGGCAGGCGGCAAGAUGUAACAUACGAUAGCACAAAGGCAAUCACUAACGGACUUCUGCGUACUGACGAAUAUGACGUCCCACCCCCUCGGCAGUCUCCGCCUCCACCAACACUGGCAGCGUUUCCCAACAGCACAAAAUAUCCCCAUUCGUUCACAAGUUUACAGACUGCCUCCGAAAAAGCAAGAGUGUUUAGUGAGGAUAGUGAAGAUGAAUACAAAAUUCCUUCCUCGUACCCUUUGUCCACAUCUACACAACCCCCUCACUUGCAGACUGUGAAACCUCGCAUAUCAAGGGUGUUUGAAAAUGGACACUGUGCCAAUGGAACUCACAAUAGCACGUCUGAAGCAAAGAAGCCCAAAGCAUUGGAAAUAGACGAUAUCUUUGAGAUGCCAGUGGUCCCAGCUCCCUUACCGCCAGCACGGCUCCCAGCAAGAGACAACCAGAAACUGAGUUGUUCCUCUCUGAACAGAACGCCUUCUGAUUACGACCUUCUGGUCCCUCCACCAGUGAGUGACAGUGCAUUUGACAACCCACCUCCAUCGCUGCCUCCACCUCCACCUCCUGUGCGGGUCAGCCUCCCAGAUGUGCCCAGGUCGUCCGGCUCGGGCAGCCAACCCACAUCUGGACUCGACUCCUUCCACUUCAGCGCAGGGGACUCUGUCUUUGACUCUGCGACUGUUCCUGUACCUGUCCCUCCCGCUAGGCGGACACUCGAAGAAAGUCAGAAAUCGAACGUAAUGUCGCAAGACUACGACCAGCUCCCACCUAUGACGGACAUUUCACAAGCUCCAGCCAGACCACCCAAACCACUGCCUCGGAGAACUGCCCCCGACGGUUACCAAAAGAAAAGUCAGCUUCAGGAACCAGCCCCUGUGCAGAGCAGCCAAGCUGGAGAAAACGUGGAUGCAAAGAUUGCAAAACUCAUGGGCGAAGGCUACUCCUUUGAGGAUGUAAAGCGAGCUCUUUUGAUAGCUAACAACAAAGUAGAGAUGGCACGAAGUAUUUUAAGAGAAUUUGCCUGCUAUCCUCCCAUUUCUCCGCGUCUCAAUCCGUAGCAGUGAGCUGUGUGUGUAUGUGUGUGUAUGGGUGCAAAUCCCAGAGGAUAGGUUUCUGAGGAGCACAGAGUUCUAAAGGAACGGUUAACAAACAGAACAAUUGUGAAGCAGCUGUCUGGAGUCUACCUCUGUGGGUUUCCUGGGAAGGUUUAAAAGAUAGAGUGACACCGAUGUAUUUUUGUUAGCCAUAAUGUUAAGAUUCAGGGUUCAACUGAGAAGAAGAGAGUUUACUGUUUCACUCCUGUGAAUUGCUUGAGAUAUCUGCUGCUGCUUACCAUUAUCAAAAGAGUUUUACCAAUCAUCUGAACUUUCUUGUUGGAGUGGGAAUUUCAGCCUUGUUGGCGGAAGUACUUAUUGUAUCUGGAAUCUGGGAACCAGGCAUUUCUGCUUCAGCAUUCCUUUUUUUGUUAUCUGCACUGAUGGGGACACACUGCCGCCUGACCUAUUCCUUCCUCCAGCCCCUUGUUCCAUCUAAAACACAGACUAAAUCAAGAGGCUUUGAUUUACUGCAUUACCGUCUGUCCAGCAGGUGCAAAAAGCAUGUGGCCUUCACUACUGAGUCUUUUCUGAGAUAAAGUGAAAUUUCUUUAUUAAAAAAACUAAUUUCUGAAUGUAGAGUACAUAUAUUUGUAUAUGUAUUGCCAGUUGAGGUAAUUUUUGACAGUAGCCUUUGCAAUUUCACCUUGUGCACAGCCGUUACUGCAUAUAUUAUAUCUUGUUUCCCUUCUUAAGCCAAUUCACCUGUAUUCUGAUAGAACAAAACUUAUUUUGAGGUUUCUGGUUAAUGCAACAAAAAAUGUUGACCUAUUUUUGUGAAUUGUGACAUCAUUAAUGGAAUCAAUUUCAAAGUAAAAAUUGUCGUUUUA